CCUGCCCCGAAGGGAGCUCCGCCGGAGGGAAGUAUCCCCGUGCGCACCCGCUGGAUGGCGCGGACCCUGAGACCCGACGACAUCAACCCCCGGACGGGGCUGGUGGUGGCUCUGGUCAGCGUCUUUCUGGUAUUCGGCUUCAUGUUCACCGUGUCUGGCAUCAAGGGAGAGACCCUGGGCGACAUCCCGCUGCUGGCCAUCGGGCCGGCCAUCUGCCUGCCGGGCAUCGCCGCCAUUGCCCUGACCAGAAAGACCGACGGCUGCACCAAAUGUCCCGAGAACAUGCGUCCGUGCUGUAAGGAAGUCAAGGACCGGGAUGUCAUGGAGCUGCUAAGGACCCCCUCGGACCUAGAGUCCGGCAAGGGAAGUUGUGACGAGCUGGCCAGGAAAGCUUACCGCAAGGACAGGAGAGGGCUGAGGGUAGAGGACACCGUGUUCAUCUGCACCACCAGCAGCACCGGCGAUGCCACGGGAGAGUGCAAGAGCCUCACCAAAAAAGUGGAGCAGGAGGAGAUGCUGAAAUACCUGGAGAGCUGUUACCCAGAGAUGCCAGAGAAUGUGUUCGUGGGAGAUGGCCCCACAUACAGUGCCUUGGAGAAGAAGAGCUCUUCUCCCAGCAGGGACAGCACUCCUUGCCCUGACGUUGAAGACAACAUUUUUGUGGCUCCUAAAGAUAGUAUCAUUGUCUGCUCUUACAAGGAUAACAGCCCUUAUGACAGCUACUGUUGUUACAUAAACCCCAACACGGACCAGGAGACCAUUGUGUGAAAGAUGCAUACUUUAUAUAUAUGUAUGUAUACAGGGACUGCAAAUUGAUAGGGGAUAAUAUAGCUGACUGCAUGGGACAAUUCUGAUACUAUUUCAAUUUAAAGUGGUAUGUGACUGAUACUCCAACCUUUUGUGCCUGAAGUACUCUUUCUGUAAGUAGAUGAGCAUGUUUAAAGGUUAAAGAAUUCAAUUUUUAAUUUUUGGGAAAAAAAAAAAUUACAUUUUAAUUUUAUUUUUCUCCCUUUCCCUCCCUUUUG